GGCCGGGGUGGCUUUCGCGGGUACCGAGGUUGCCCAAGCCACCCCCAACAUUGUCGCUCUGGCCAACUUUCUUCUGCACUUUUUUUGUAAAUCGAUUUCCAGAGGGUUAGACUGACGUCGAGCGUUGCAAUUGAUCAUACACAGGAUGCAGGCAUUCCGAUCAACAGCGAGGGUAGCUUCCCAGUUCCGCCCCGCGGGCCUUCCCCGACUUGUGAGAGGAUAUGCUACGGAGAAGACAUAUGAGCAUUUACGCGUCUCGACGCCCAAAGCUGGUGUUGGCUUUAUCGAGCUCAACCGCCCCAAAGCCCUCAAUGCCCUCUGUACGCCCCUUAUCCUCGAGCUCAACCAAGCCCUGCGCGAUUUCCAGGCUGCCAAAUCCAUCGGCGCUAUCGUCCUGACCGGCUCUGAGAAAGCCUUCGCUGCAGGCGCAGACAUCAAGGAGAUGCAGAACCUCACAUUCAGCGACGCAUAUGGCAAAGACUUCAUAGAGUCAUGGUCCGACCUCGUCACAUUCCUGAAGAAGCCGCUCAUUACCGCUGUGAAUGGAUAUGCGCUGGGUGGAGGUUGUGAGCUUGCUAUGAUGGGAGACAUCAUAUAUGCUGGACCGAAGGCAACCUUUGGACAACCUGAGAUCAAGUUGGGUGUCAUACCUGGUGCUGGUGGCUCACAACGUCUUACAAAGGCGAUUGGAAAGGCAAGGGCAAUGGAGACAAUUCUCACUGGCGACGUCAUCUCGGCUAAGCAGGCGGGCGAUUGGGGGCUUGUUGCAAAGGUGUUCGAAACGCCAGAAGAAUGUGUGGAUGGAGCGCUUGCGACAGCGGCAAAGAUUGCGUCAUACAGCCAGAUCGCUGUCAAGGCAGCCAAGGAGGUCGUAAACAAGAGCCAGGACCUGGGUAUUCGGGAAGGUGUCGAGUAUGAGAGGAGAGUGUUCCACGGAUUGUUUGGAAGUCAGGAUCAAAAGAUUGGCAUGACAGCGUUUGCGGCGAAGGACAAGCCCAAGUGGACGAACCAGUAGAUCAUACAGAAUUGUGAAUACUAUUCGUCAAGCUGCUGAAUACCUUUUACACCACGCUGUCCACCUUAUGUCUGUACGUUCCUCGCCAAAAUAGAGUACAUCAAGUCGUACGAUGGACGUGAUAUGAAAAAAGCUUACCCC